AGAGCUUUUCACCCAAGUCAGGCACAAGAACCGAGACUAGGCGCAAUGCUCAAAGAGUUGUGGUUGAUAUUCGGAGGAGCCCUGGCCCUGGUACCGACCCAGGUCCGCAUCAAGGCACCAUGGACGUGCACUUCGGCCACCUGCGGGUGUGGUGAUUUGGAGAUGGUGGACAUGGACACGGGCAAUGUUCUCGAGUCCAACGACACCGUGAUCCACGCGGUGAAGUAUUUCCCGGAGCCCGUGGGCUACCAGGAUGUCUUCGCGGACGGCAAGAGAGACCCUUACAGCCAGAAUUACGCGCUCUUGCACGAGCGGGACCUGCCAGCCAUCCGGAACGAGCUGGGGGCCAACGCGCUGCUGCUGGCGCCCUGGAGUUUCCAGUACCGGAGCCACACGCAGUUCCUGGAGACGGCGGCGGCCAACAACUUGCGGCUGAUCCCGGCCUUCCACAUCGGCUACUACUGGGAGGAUGGCGCGUGGCAGAAGCCGGCCACGCGGGAAGCGUUGGCCAAGGACUUCCACGACUUCCUGCAGUACUCGGCGGUGGUGAAGAACGAGAAGCUGAGCACGCCGGAGACCAUUCUGAUGUGGAACCUGGUGGGCCUGCCGCCGGUGCAGGGCCUGUUGCCGGUGAGUUGCGUGGCGGGGGCCAAGAACGACGUGGCCAACUUCGCCAACUGUGUGGCCAGCUCCGGGGAUUUGGCGGAGACCCUGGCCACGGUCACGGCGCUGCAGGAGAUUCUGCAGACCAUCCGGGAGACGCAGAACCAGUUCCACUGCGAGGACCCCAACCAGGGCUGCGACGCCCGGGACGACGUUUCGGGCGCCUUCAAGUUCGACCGGCCCCUGGCGCUCACGUUGGACCUGGGCCCCGAGUUCUUUUUGUCGGUCUCGGAGAACGACGCGUACCUCCGGGCGCUGAUCUUCUGGUUGGAGCGCGUCGUCGGGUGCCACCCUUUGGCCGCCGGCCAGGUGCAGGUCCCCACCACCUUCGCCCAGAUGGCCGACCUCUGCAGCUUCAACGGCCUGGGUCUCUUCGACUCCUGGAUCCUCAAGAUGCAAGCGGUGGCUGACGAUGUGGAGGCCAGAUCAAUUCGACGAAUCAAGCAGCUUUUCAGCCAGCCCAAGCAAAUGCUGACCACCGGGACCGCAGCAGUAGAAGAUGUUUCGGGAGCCAUGAAGCCGGUGCUUUUCGAGUACGGCUUUCCUGCAUACGUCCAAGGCUCAGUGCAGCCGGACAAACAGCAUCGAGCCCUCUAUGAAGUGUGGCAUGGGGGCAACAGCACUCCUACGGAUGGUCUCAAAGACUCCUGGAGUAACGGUUUUUGCAUCAAGGGUGCUGUUAUCGACGAAUGGUCGGAUGUGUGGAGUGCGGAUGAGGCCUACAAAAGCUGCGAGUCGGAGCUGAAAUCCAAAUUUGGUCACUCCAGCUGUGGCCCAUCCACCGAUGCAGGGCAGUUGGCCGUGGCGUACCAGGGCCUCGUGGGCCAAUUCCACACUUUUGGGCACCACUGCAUCCAGAAGCGCUACGAGACCGUGGACGCAGCGAGCCGAUUUCACUUUGGAGGUGUGGACGCCUCAAGCUACGUCGCCCCUCCCGUGUGUGCUGCUGUGCUCAUGAAGCGGGGGGUCACCAUCAUCGUGUUCUACGUGGCCUGCUGCCUCUUCAUCCUGGUGGGGGUCAGCUCUCUUUGCUUCAUGGUCUGCAGAAGAACGAAGGUGGAGACCAGCGACGAGACGGCGUCCCAGAACUGCUACAACCUGGAGCAGCUGAUGCAGAACAGCGCGUCCCGCAAGAUCCUGGAAGACAUCUCGGCCAUGCCCUUCGGCAAGUUGCUGGCCACCAAAGUGGCGGAGGCCUUGGACGAGGGCGUGGAGGUGCCAGUGGCGUACAGCCAUUUGAAGGGCUACUGCGGCUGGGGCCUGGCCAAGGUGGGCGGCACCUUCUCGUACCACCGGCUGCAGUACAACGGCCGCGGCCGCGGCGCGUGCGCGCAGAGCUGGGACACCACGGAGGCCUUCAUCCGGUGGCUGCAGGAGCAGUCGGACCGCUCCAUGGCGGUCUACGGCUUCACGGACGCGGAGCUGCGGCGCACGGAGCUGAUCGGCAACAAGACCGUGACGCGGCGGCACCUCUUGGAGCUCCUGGACCGCGUCGGCAGCUUCAAGGACGCCGAAGAGGUCACGGGCCGCGCGGAGAGCCAGGUGCACUUCGUGGGCAUGCAGGCCCAGCUGGUGGUCGAGCUCUCCUACAAGGCCAACCCCCUCUUUCUCAGCAGCGUGGUGGAAGAACACAUCCUCACAGCCGGAGAUGACUCGGACAUGCAGACGUGGCUGCAGAACACGGGCGACAACAUGAGGAACUUCAUGGAGUUGCUUGCGAACACGCACUUGCAGGUCCAAGCAGACCGCUUGAGGCGUCAGAUUGAGCACGAAGCGGAUGCGGUGGCCGCGGAAGAGCAGCGCAGGGAGAACCCGGAGCUGGUGGACGGCGAGUCGAUCCGCAAGCGGGCGUGCUACAACAUCUGGCAUCGGGUCCUGGAAGGCUAUCAUUCCUGGGAGGCGAUGCUGGGGCAGAGCUCCAAGGUGCCAUUUGCGGAGGCGGACGUGCACCAGUGCUUCGCCGAGGCCUUGAUCUCCCGCAUGACCGGCUCCAUCGCGGAGCACCUGAUCCACUCCCCGGAAUGGCUGUCCUGCGUCCAUCGCAAGGUCAUGAGAACCCUGGUUGCAUCGCAAGAUGCUCACGGCAAGCCGUCCUUCACCUGCAAGAUCGACUAUGCCGACAUUUGCGAGCCUUUGGAAGCUUUCUGCCGGAACUCGAACGUGUUUGCACCAAAGCAGGGAAUCAACUUUGACGACAUCAAUGACUGCGGGCUUUUGUCGGGUGAGGGACCGCUCCCAAAUGAGGUCCAGAAGACGUGGAAGGAACCUGUGGGUCUUUGGGUUUGCUUUCACUUUGUGGUGAACUACAAGUGGGUUCUGACAAUUGCCAUGUGGCUUCUUUGGGGCGCCGUCCUUUUGCACGACAGCAAGGGCUUCGAAGACUGGGUCGGCACCAGCAGUCGUGAACCGACCUUGACGAGAUUCACGUUCUUCAGCUUCGCGUUCAUCGACGCUCUCUGGCUUUGCUUCCUGAUGAUCUGCGAAGUCUUUGUGAAUGAUUCCCCCACCCCCGCCAGCAUCGGGCGGACGGGGCGCAACUGCUGCAUCAAGGCCUUGCGCAUGUGUCGGAUCGUGCCCACCUUUCUGCUGGCGCUGGCUUGGGCUUGGAUCUCGUGGCCCGAAGUCGUCAUGGACGCCGCUGAGGCCGUGCAGAUCGACAGCGCGACCAUCGACGUGCUGCCGAGCGGCUUGGCGGAGACCAUUUGGUACGCGCCUGUGGCCUACAUCUUCCUUCGCUUCGCCUACGGGAUCACUCCACGGCUCAGGGCGACCAGUGCCUUCCAGCUGCUGCAAAUGGCCUACUGGAAGAGGAUUGCCGUGUUCUGGGCCACCUUUGCCGCCUUCAGCUUCUUGUGCAACUACUCCAUGCUUGUGGCGUUGGUGCGAACCUUGACCCCGUACCACCUGUGUGCGGUGAACGACAGCGACGAAGACUUUUGCAGCACCUACACGGUGGAGAUCUUGAAUCUCAAGUUCCUGGUGAAGGACGUGCGAUGUGUGGCGUGCGUGGCCACGGUGGUCACCAGUUGGACCAUGGUGGCCUUGAGCAGUUUGCUGAUGAUGUACUUCAUCUUCAACAUCUACGUGGCCGUCGUGGGCAGCUCCGUGGGUGCGGCCCGGGGCUUCGUGGAGACGAGCAUCCCGUCCCUGGAGUUCCGGGUGGAGUCCGUGACCUCCGACUUCACGUCCAUGCGGAAGGCGGAAGCCAACUGGAUGACCCACGGCUCCAUUCUGCACGCUGUAUUUGGCAAAGACUGGCAGAAGGUGUGGGAAAUGAUGGUGGAUGGCCUGUACGACGAAUGCCUCAUUGACAGCAACAUGCGGAAGAACAUGCUAAGUGCUGCCAAGACGGGAGGCUCAGUGAAACUGACAGGCAAGGAUACCCGCAUUUUGGAGCGAGCCAAAGCCAGGCUUGGGUACUUGUUCACCUCGUUGAAGUGCAUUCUGGGCGAUGGCAACAUCAAUUUCCGGCCCUUUGUGCCCACAGCCGACAGCACCUGCGACGCCUUGGGUGUGACACACCGGGGCCGCAUCCCUUCCUUGACUCAGAUCGUGCCGGUGUAUAGUGAGGAGGGCAUCAUGGACAUCAAGGAGCUGGUGGGGGAGCCCAAGAACGGGGCAGUGUCCACGAUGCUGGAGUUCCUGAUCUCGCAGCUGCCCAAGGAGUGGGAGAUCUUCGCCCAGAACGAGAAUCUCCACCCGGCGGAGCUCUACGAGGAGGUCAAGAAGGGCGCGUCCAAGGAGAUGCAGAACAAGGUGAGGGAGUGGGCGUCCCACCGGUCCCAGAGCGUGAUCCGCACGGUGAACGGGGCGGUGCACUACCACCGCGCCCUGAAGGUUCUGCUGGAGCGGGAGGACCAAACCGUCGACUUCGAGGCCAUCCGGCGCCACGCCCAGCUGAUCAUGGCGCACCAGACCUACGGCAAGCUGAGUCUGGGCAAGGCCCAGCAGGUGAAGAUCCAGCACGGGGUGAUCAGCUCCACCGGGCCGCACGGCCUGCAGCCCAACGACCGCAUCCGGCUCAGCGUGGACAGCUUGAACCCCGAGGACGCGGUGGCCAAGCGCGCCGUGGAGAAGGUCUGGAAGAGCAAGGCCAUGGCGCGGCUCAAGAAGCGCGCGAAGACCGUGCAGCAAAUAGAGGCCAUUUUGAACGACACCAGCCAGGUCCAGGCGCUGAUGGAGGAGGCCAUGCAGGAGCCCCGGGACGACAUGGUCGCCAAGCACUCGACCACCAAGAGCCGCUACAGCGGAGGCUCCGCGGAGGAUGGCACCUCCUCGGCGGCCCUGGCCAAGAACCCGGCGCUGCUAGGUCGGCUGUGGGGCCAGGCCAACAUCAAGGGCCUGCAGGGCUUCCGGUCCGGGCGCUUCUACACGGUGAAGGAGGUGGUGGACGAGCACACGGCCGUGCUCUCCGACGGCGCCGUGAACUGCGGUCUGGCGCGGCUGGAGAAGGCCGACAUCACCAAGCGCGACAGCGACGUGCACUACAUGAUGUCCAAGCACGCGGGCUGCCCCUUCUUUGUCUGCAUCGACUUCGUGCGCGGCAAGAGCCACCCCCAGCUGGAGGAGAUGGUGGAUGCGCACGUGGGCCUCACGUCCAGUGAUCCCUGGACACAGGUCCGUUUCAAGCAUGCCAGCGUGCUCAUCAAGCACUGCGGAUCCAGCUCCAGUUGGCCCAUUGAGGUGGUGCACGUGCUGCCGCGCGCCCGGGGGCUGCUGAUCGGCUCGGUGGGGAACUUGACACAGGGCAAGGCGGGCAACCAGCUGGGCGCGCUGCGCUUCGCCGAGGGCCACUUCGUUCAGAUGAUGGACGCCAACAUGGGCUGCUACUCGGGGGAGACCUUCAAGGUGCCCGUGGUGCUGCAGGGCUUCCACAAGCACAAGAUCCUGGAGGGCGACUACGAGAACCGCCUGGACCUCCAGGCGCGAAUCAUCGGCUUCCGCGAGCACAUCUUCACCCGGGAGCACGGCCUGGUGGGCCAGAUCAUGGCGGAUGCGGAGUGGACCUUCGGGACGCUGGUGCAGCGUUUGUUGGAGUUUUUGACGGUUCGCAUGCACUACGGGCAUCCGGACUUCAUGGAUGGCUUCUGGGCUGCCAACCGGGGCUCGGUGUCCAAGGCUUCUCCCCACAUCAACUUGUCGGAGGACAUCUUCGCGGGUUUGAACGUGAAGACGCGGCACGAGCAGAGCUUGCACACGGAUUACCUGGAGUGGGAGAAGGGCCGUGAGGUGCAGUUCCUGGCGGGGAGCGGCUUCUUUUGGAAGAUCGCCAGCGGCAGCGUGGGCCUGAUGCGCACGCGAGACCUGCGGGCCUUGUGCGGCAACGCCUCGGUGAUGGAGACCUUCGCUCUGUACUUCGCCACAGUGGCCUGGUACGUGCACAACGUGCUGGUAGACAUCAGCACGGAGAUCUUCCUGCUGAUCUUCAUGUACCUCACCCUGGCCUCCAAAUCCAUCUCGGACCUGGGGGAUUUGGGCUCCAUGCUGGCGGCCGAGUGGUUCCUCACCCCGGCCUUCACGGCCAUGCUGCCGGCCAUCAUCGGCCUGGGCAUCGAGUACGGCCCGCUCUGGAUGUGCAAGAACUACCUCCUCACGGCCCCGAUGUCCAUGAUGUACUUCAUCUUCAUCAACAAGGCCAUGUCCUCCUCCGUGAGGACCACCUUCGUGGCCAACACCGCGGAGUACGUGAACACGGGGCGGCCGCACGCCAACAAGAGCUACACCCUGCUGGAUGCAUUCUUGGCCUAUUGGCACUCCCACUACCGGCCCGCCCUGAAGAUCUUGUACGUCAUCGUGCUGUAUCGGUCCCUGAACUCGGACGGGGCGCUGCCCAUGGUCUUGGUGUCCUUCACGGCCUUCGUGUGGAUCUUGGCCCCCGUCUUGUUCCAGCCCCCGGCCAAGGCGCUCAUGGAGCAGGUCCGCGAGCUCGUGCGCUUCAUCGCCAAGUCCCCCAGCCUCCACGACCGCAUGACCCACGGCAAGCCCACGUGCAUCUACGAGGCCGCCUUGGAGCAGGAGCUGAAACAAGCCAACCGCUCCCUGUCGCUGCCCUUUUUAUCCAGUUUGGCCGUUUGCAUCUUGUACCUCUUCAUGACCACCUCCAACAUCUUUGAUCAGACCUGGGCGCCCCUAUGCGGCAUGUUCAUCCUCUUCUUGUUCCGCUCCGUGCUCCGCUUCUCCGGCAUCAAGUCCGCCGGCAUGAUCGUGCUGGCGAUCCCCUGCCUGGGACUGUUGGUGGUGUACAUCUCGACGUACAUCGUGGAGAAUCCGGACUUUGGCUCUCUGCUGGUUGCCACCCUGAUCUUGAUCAGCUUCCUGAACGCCUCCAAGUUCGUGAUCUGGGGGGUAGCGAGACUUGUGCUGCCAAGAGGGAGCCCACUUGGAUAUGAGCAAGUCGUGCGCUUCACAUUUGACUUCCUCUGCAUCUAUGAAUGGCAUUUCUUUGGCGCCUUGGUCGUGAUGGUGAUGCAGGUGGUUUUUGCGAGCUUCUUAUGGCUGCUGGAUCGGCCGCCGUUGAAGCUCCGAACGGGACUCCUCCUGAACAGGAGGGUGUCCACAGGAUGUGUGCGAAAAAUCUUUGGCGCUCCCCGCUCCCAGCUCAGCGCCUGUGUGGAGAUGGGAGAUGUGUGGAGCUUAGGCGAAGAGUGCCACACAGUGAAAAUAGACGGUGAGAGCAAGCUGUGAUUGUUGCCUCCCCUUUUUUGGGCCAGCUCCUUGGCGAACUGGCAGCUUGGCGAACGGGUUUCUUUCCUAGGGCCAAGGCUAGGCUGACCUUUGUAUAGCUCCUUCACGGCCAAGUGCACCCGACACUGCCCGCUGAAAUUCGAAGAAUCGAACUGAAUCGAAAUGAUGGCAUCG